AUGGCGGCCCAGAAGGCAUCCUGCAUUGUGUGGUUGGUGGCACUGCUGGUCCACAGUGUGCCGACUGCAGUUUCUCUCCAGGUGGGGACCAGUGUUAACGCGACGGAAGAUUUGAUGAUGUCACCCUCAGAUCAGACCUCUUCGUGGUCCUGCACUUCGAUCGGUGCGAGCAGCUUCUCCGCCCAGUACAACUCCUACAUCUCCGGCAGCACCAUCGUGGUUACAAAUAAUGCGAUGAGCCAGCUCGGACGAGCAUACUACACGUGGGCAAACACGGGAGGAUUCAAGAUCAGUUUCGAUAUGUACCAGGGCGGCGGGUCAGGCGCUGACGGUAUGUGCAUGAAGUACGGCGGUUAUGAUUACGGCGAACAAGGCGAAAAUAUUGCUGCGAACGGCUUCUCUGUAUGCUUUGACUCCUACCCAAACGACAACGAUCACGGAGUGGAGAUGGGAUGGAAUGGCGGUAUCAUAUUUUCAGAGAUAGGUACGGGAUACUGGAGUCAUAACGUUCCCCUCUUCGAGGAUUCCACUUGGCACAAUGUAGUUGUGGAGGUCACGCCCAGCGGCAGCGGUGCUAAUGUGAUAUUGAACUAUGACAAGGGCUCCUAUUACAAGACUGCGUG